CACUCGUCUCGAGGCAACACAGGAUGCCCUCCAACUUGCUCGACUUUUUGUCUGAAAGGAACGUCCAAGCCUGGAGUAUCGAAUGUUGCUGGUACGCCUACCAGACCAUAAGUUGAGCACAUGGAGUAGUAUCUGUUUUGGAAUAUCAUUGCACAGUGCAAGAUUGUUUUGUCCUUCACUCAGGAAAAAGACAACCGCCUGAUGAGGGCAGUCAUAAAUACAGGAAGCCCGCAGCUGACAUGGGACCUCCACCAAGAUGUUGCCGUGCAGAUCCUACUGUUGUUCUACAAAAGCAGUCGAAGGCACCGCGCAUACUUUCGUUGAAAGAGGUCAAAGAAACAUCGCCCCACAUCCUCGUGCUUUCUAAAAAGAAGCCGCGCUGGAAAGCGCCAACGCCUGCAGCUGAUGACAGACCAGUAGGUUUGCCGUUCCUCCAGCCAGCUCCGACUAUCGUCACUCGGCACUUGCAACUUAAUGCAAACACGAUGACCACAUGGCAGGUGCUUCAUUUUAUGCAGCAUACGGGUUUCUAGUGGCCUCUUCAUGAUGUAAGGAUACGGGCGUUUACGUCGUAGCUGAAGCCUGAGCCCACGCACGUUUGCAGAAAAAAGCAAGCAACGAGGUCUUUCCAGGCCACGCAACAAACAUCCGCUAUUGCGUCGUCGACGGUAAUGCGCUGGUUGACACGUAGCCACUCGAUGAAUAGUAAGUUUCUGUAAAUAUGACAACACCAUGACACUCACGUGCAGCUUCAACAUCCAGCGUAGGCCAGGCGUCCCCCUUUUCUGUCCUGUCGAAAAAAAUGUCAGCAGGUGGGUCUUGUGAAUUAUUAGAUCGUGAACCGUUGCAAUUUUCAUAUACUGACAAAAUUGCUUUCCAAGCAGAUCAUGGGCAUCAAGUCUAUUCGUGACCACGUGACUGCAAAUGCCAUCGACAACAUAUUGUCACGGCCGAAGAAAAACUCAGGAAGACUUUUUGACUGGAUGAAGAAACCGAACUACGGAGCAGUUCCCGAGUACCUGAAGGAGAUAAAAAACAGACUUCAGCUAGAGUAUGCCUACGUCGAGUCGCUCCGGAAGGACAAUUCGAUGGGUAGCUUUCCGGGGUUGUCGGAAGUUCGAGUAAUGCCCGAUUCAGAGAGGGUUGCUCUUCUGAACGGAUUGAAAAAGAGAUGGAACACGCUUAACUCUGAAUAUCAGAACACUACCCACAUUGUGAAGCUGGAUACCAUCGGCAAGGCAAGACGUAAAGAACACUUCGAAGAGCAACUUGCAGCUAUAGAGAAGUACAUCAGCAAGGCAAGCAAGGGAACAAUCGUUGUUUCUUCGGGAUGA